AUGGAUGCCGUGCGAAGGAUGAAGUUGCCCUUUUCGAGCAAGCCAUUGCCUGCAAAAGUGGUGAUAUCAUACAUCCUGGACUAUGUGAUUAUUGUGGUUCUGGCGAUUCUAUUUCUUGCUAUUGACAAAAUCAAUGGCUUCCGACAACAUUUUGCACUUCAAAAUUACACAUUACAAUAUCCUUAUGCAGUACACGAACGAGUGCCGGCAGGCAUAUGCUAUAUCAUCGUUGUCAUAUGUCCCGCUAUCAUCAUCUGCUUCUGGACGCUAGUGAUUGAUGGACUCUUUGCACACUCACAACCUACCGACGCUGAAGGCACUGGCAGAAGAAUCGGACGCUACAGACUCGUCGACAGGCUAUGGGAACUCAAUUGCGGCAUCCUGGGCUUGGCCUUAUCAGAAGGCACCGCUUUCGUCAUCACAGGCACACUCAAGAACACCGUUGGCAAGCCACGUCCCGAUCUUAUUGAUCGGUGCCAACCGAGAGUCGGAUCAGUUGACCCGUCUCCAUACGGGCUGUCGAACUCGACGAUAUGCACACAGACCGACAUGAGCAUCCUGAGAGAUGGCUUCAGAAGCUUUCCUUCAGGACACUCGAGCAGCUCAUUCGCUGGACUCUUCUAUCUGUCAUUAUACCUGGCAGCCAAGCUUCAUAUCUGGGACUCGAGAGGUGAAGUAUGGAAGAUCUUUGUAGUCAUCAUCCCGUCUCUCGGCGCCGCUUUGAUCGCAGCAAGCAGAAUCAUGGACGCGAGGCACCAUCCCUUUGACGUGAUCGUUGGGAGUCUGCUCGGUAUAGCAUGUGCUUGGCUAUCGUAUCGUCAGUACUUCCCACCUGUCACAGAGACCUGGCGCAAGGGCCGGGCGUAUCCCAUCAGGACCUGGGGACAGGAAACGGCACCACCG